AAAUAGUCGAGGGCAUCGUUUCGCUCGCCGCACCACGACCGCCCCGCGCCUCGUCAGGCUCCGAACUUGCACACCAGGAAGGUCACUGCACUCACCCAUCACGUGAACGCGAACUAUCAGAGACUCGGCACCAUGGACGACCUCUUCGAUGUCUUCGACGGCGACAACGGCGCGCAGUCGGCCCCCAAGAAAAGCAAGAAGCGCCAGGCGAAUGGCGUCGUCAAGUCGCCAGUCGCAGACGCGCCCAUGUUGGAUGCGCCGGUGGCGGGCAGCGAGCAGUCCGAGGAGAACGCGCCCGAGAGCACCGUGCCGCAGACGCUGAAGCGACAGAAGCGCGACGCCGAGCCCGAGGCCAUCAUCACCGACGACUACGAGGUGGAGCAGAAGCGCGAGGUUGCUGCCUCGGCGGGACUGCAGGCGCAGACAGUGCCGGACGGCCAGGGCGUGGUGCUGUCGCAUCAGGUCCGCCACCAGGUCUCCCUGCCGCCCGACUACGACUACGUCCCCAUCUCCGAGCACAAAGCACCCGCCGAGCCUGCCCGCGUCUGGCCCUUCGCACUCGACCCCUUCCAGCAAGUCUCGAUCUCGUCAAUCCAACGGAACGAGAGCGUGCUCGUUUCGGCGCAUACAUCUGCGGGAAAGACGGUCGUGGCCGAGUACGCCAUUGCGCAGUGUCUGAAGAACAACCAGCGAGUCAUCUACACGAGUCCCAUCAAGGCCCUCAGCAACCAAAAGUACCGAGAGUUCAUGGCAGAGUUUGGCGACGUCGGACUCAUGACCGGCGAUGUCACCAUCAACCCCACAGCGACCUGUCUGGUCAUGACCACCGAGAUUCUGCGAUCCAUGCUGUAUCGCGGCUCCGAGAUCAUGCGCGAGGUCGCCUGGGUCGUCUUCGACGAGGUCCACUACCUGCGUGACAAGUCGCGUGGUGUGGUCUGGGAGGAGACCAUCAUUCUGCUGCCCGAUAAGGUCCGCUACGUCUUCCUGUCCGCCACAAUCCCCAACGCAAUGCAGUUCGCCGAAUGGAUCACCAAGACGCACAGCCAGCCAUGCCACGUUGUCUACACUGACUUCCGACCGACCCCUCUGCAGCACUACUUCUUCCCCAAGGGCGCUGACGGGAUCCACCUGAUUGUCGACGAGAAGGGCGUCUUCCGCGAGGAGAACUUCCAGAAGGCCAUGACUUCGAUCGCCGACAAGGCAGGAUCGGCAGCCAACGACUUCCUGGCCAAGCGCAAGGGCAAAGGCAAGGACAAGAAGACAAAUACUGGCGGCAACAAGGAGGGCUCCGACAUCUACAAGAUCGUCAAGAUGAUCAUGAUCAAGAGCUACAAUCCCGUCAUCGUCUUCAGUUUCAGCAAGAGAGACUGCGAAAACUACGCUCUGUCCAUGAGCCAGCUUUCGUUCAACGACGACUCCGAGAAAGCUAUGGUCUCAAAGGUCUUCAGCAGUGCUAUCGAGAUGCUGUCAGAAGAGGAUCGCUCGUUGCCUCAGAUCCAGCACAUCCUUCCUUUGCUGCGGAGAGGUAUCGGAGUCCACCACUCUGGUCUGCUCCCUAUCCUGAAGGAGACCAUUGAAAUUCUGUUCCAGGAGGGUCUGAUCAAGGUCCUCUUCGCCACAGAGACCUUCUCCAUCGGUCUGAACAUGCCGGCCAAGACAGUCGUCUUCACAAGUGUCCGCAAAUUCGACGGUGUGUCGCAGAGAUGGGUGACACCCUCCGAGUUUAUUCAGAUGUCCGGCCGCGCUGGUCGUCGUGGUCUCGAUGACCGUGGUAUUGUCAUCAUGAUGAUCGACGAGCAGAUGGACCCAUCCGUUGCAAAGGAGAUUGUUCGCGGACAGCAGGACAACCUGAAUUCUGCCUUCCACCUGGGCUACAAUAUGGUUCUGAACUUGAUGCGUGUUGAAGGUAUCUCGCCAGAGUUCAUGCUCGAGCGUUGCUUCUUCCAGUUCCAGAACACAGCUGGUGUUUCGACUCUGGAGAAGCAGCUAGCAGAGCUCGAGAGCCAGAAGACCAAUACCGUCAUCACCGAUGAGGCAACCGUCAAGGACUAUUACAACUUGCGACAGCAGCUUGAUACUCACACUAAAGACAUGCGCGAUGUCAUCAUGCACCCCAACUACUGCCUGCAGUUCUUGCAAGCCGGCAGAUUGGUCAAGAUCAAGUUCAAGGACUACGACUUCGGCUGGGGCGCAGUCGUUGCUUUCACACCGAGGAGAGCAAAUAAGGGCGAGAUCUUACAGCCACAGGAGUCGUACGUUGUCGAUGUCCUCCUAUCAGUUGCGAGUGACAGCAAGUUCGCGCCACAGGCGAAUGAUGGUCUGCCACCGGGCGUGCGACCACCGGCGGACGGCGAGAAGGGCAAGAUGGAGGUUGUACCAGUGCUGCUGAGCUGCAUCGAGUCGAUAGGACAUCUCCGUGUCUUCUUACCGAACGAACUGAAAUCUACGGAGCAGAAGAAUAGCGUGCGCAAGGCGCUGGACGAAGUCAAGAAGCGCUUCCCUGACGGCAUCGCUAUCUUGGACCCUAUCGAGAACAUGAAGAUCACAGACGACAGCUUCAAGCGACUGUUGAGGAAAAUCGAAGUCUUGGAAUCUCGACUGCUAUCGAACCCUCUGCACAACUCGCCAAUGUUACCAGAGCUGUACAGCCAGUACGCAGAUAAGGUGGCGAUUUCAGACAAGAUCAAGAAAAUCAAGAAGGACAUCGCCGAUGCAUUGUCUGUGGCCCAGCUCGAUGAAUUGAAGAGCAGGAAGCGCGUGCUGCGCCGCCUAGGCUUCAUCGAUGAUGCCGACGUCGUCCAGCUCAAGGCUCGUGUUGCCUGCGAGAUCAGCACCGGUGACGAGCUCGUCCUCAGCGAACUGCUGUUCAACCGCUUCUUCAAUGAGCUUACUCCCGAACAAUGCGCUGCAUGCCUGAGCUGCUUUAUUUUCGAGGAGAAGAGUAGUGAGGUUCCGGCGCUAAAGGAGGACCUGGCCAAGCCGUACCGCGAGAUUCAGCAGCAAGCGAGGGUCAUCGCAAAGAUCUCGCAAGAGAGCAAGCUCACAGUCAACGAGGAGGAGUAUCUCAAGACGUUCAAGUACGAGCUCAUGGAUGUCGUAUACGCAUGGUCCAAGGGCGCGACGUUCGCUCAAAUAUGCAAAAUGACCGACGUCUACGAAGGCAGCUUAAUCCGCCUGUUCCGCCGACUCGAGGAGCUGCUGCGACAAAUCGCUCAGGCCUCCAAAGUCAUGGGCAGCGAGGAGCUCGAGCAAAAGUUCACAGCAGCGCUCGAGCUUGUCCGCCGCGACUUGGUCGCCGCACAGUCCCUGUACCUCUGAUUAAGGCAACAGCUUAGUUUCGUAUUGACUUUUGCGGCGACGACAUGAGAAUUGUAUAGCAUUUUGACGUUCUUCAGGUAUGUUUGGUACGCCCUCUGGCGCUGCGUCCGGUGGUGCAUGGUAGACUUCGACGCCACAGGAGCAUACCAGUGUCUCAGGCGCGCGAGGAUCAAUCGCCGCGCAGAUCAAAAGGCGUUGCGGUGCAAGCGGUAUGUGAAUAGAAUCUACUAGGUCUGCCACCGCCGACAUUUUGCGGUGAAGGAUCCCCCGA